AAUAAAAGUGUAGUUAGUUUAUAAAGAAAAAUAAUAAUAAAGAAGUGUGGCGACGGAAGAACGUCUCGAAAAGGCAAAGCGAAAGGGAGUGUCUGAUUUUAGGCUUUGUGUUUGUGGGCGACUCACAUUUUCUUCCUCCUCUCCCUCUUCUCCUUUCGGUUGAGAAGAUGGGGUUGUGAUUCUUGGAGUGUAAUUGGAGAUUUGAGGAGGAGAAGAAGAAAGACACGUUAUUAUUAUACACAAUGCCAUCGUUCCCUAGGAGUUCUAGCUUGAAUAAGGUGCUUGAUACCGACAAAAAGACUAAUACUAUGGUCUACCUUAAUGUCUAUGAUCUCACCCCUGCCAAUAAUUAUCUUUACAUGUUUGGUGUUGGGAUCUUUCAUUCCGGUAUCGAAGUGCAUGGCAUGGAAUAUGGCUUUGGAGCACACGAGUAUUCAACAAGUGGAGUAUUUGAGGUGGAACCUAGAAGUUGUCCCGGCUUUAUCUUCAGACGUUCAGUAUUGUUAGGCAGCACCGAUAUGAAUUAUUCACAAUUCCGCUCUUUCAUUGAACGCCUUUCCGCAAAAUAUCAUGGAGACACUUACCAUUUGAUUGCGAAGAAUUGCAACCAUUUUACAGAUGAAGUUUGCCAACAGUUAACGGGAAAGCCUAUCCCUGCGUGGGUUAAUCGGUUGGCUCGUGUUGGUUCUUUUUGCAAUUGUCUUCUGCCAGAAAGCCUUCAGGUUUCUGCUGUUAGACACGAACCUGAUCAUCUCGGACAUUCUGAUGAAGAAGAUUCAGAAUCUGAUUCUGCAUCAGUUGAUAGUGAAGAGGAAGGUUCCAAGCACCAUUUGCUAACUCCAACGAAUGGUGAUGUUAACUUUAUAAAGGAAAAACCGAUGGCUCUCCAAUGAUUUUCAUUUUUUACUGUAAUUGUGAUUAUUAUUAUUAUUAGUAAUUAACUAAUUAAUAAUAAUUUUAUUUCAUUUUGUCUUCCUUCAACUGUAUCUGCGAUAUUAGCUCGCACAGUGUAACCAGUUUUCUCAACUGGAAUAUUGGAAAUUCAAAAUGACAUGUUUUGUAUCACAAAGACAAUAGUGUGUUGUAUAUUUCUUGUAUGUUAUGUUUCCAAAUGGAGUGCAUGUUCUGUAAUUUGUAAAUGCUAUUAAUGACUAUUUCAUAUUUUUUUGUAUGA